ACCCGGGUUAACUUCCGCUUUUUAAAAGACACGCGAUGAGUACCGGUUCAGUUCCAAACUUGCUUUGUUUUAGCUAUAUAUUAUUUAUUUUUGUUGCUUUAUUAUGUCCAAGAGAUGUAGCUGCUGAUGGUGUAUUGGGUUGUGGUGGAUUUGUCAGGUCAGAUGUCGACAUUAACUUUUCUUUGGUCGAGGUGAAGCUGUACACUCCUCAUGGCAGCAUUAAGUAUCAGACGGACUGUGCCCCAAACACAGGCUAUUAUCUCAUUCCUCUGUACGAGAAGGGAGAUUUCGUCCUCAAGGUGGAACCACCGGCAGGAUGGAGUUUUGAACCAGAAAGUGUGUCCCUCAAAGUAGAUGGCAGCACAGAUCACUGCAGUCUUGGUGAAGACAUCAACUUUCGUUUCACAGGCUUUUCUAUAUUUGGAAAGGUGGUGAGUAAAGGUCAGGACAAGGGACCAACUGGGAUCAAUGUUAUAUUGAGGAAGCAGGGCUCCAGUGAAACUCUACUAACAACUGUCACAGGGGAGGAUGGAAAGUAUACGUUUGCUGGAGUUUUACCAGGAGAGUAUGAUGUAAAAGCAUCACAGUCCGAAGACUUCAACUUCCUACAGGCCGAGGCUAAAGUGACAGUUACCAAUGACAACACCAACACAGGAAACAGUAUCGUCAUUGCUGGUUAUAAAGUCAAGGGAGCUGUACAGAGCGAAGGAGAGCCAAUCAAGGGAGUUAAUUUUGUGCUGUUUUCCUCUAGUUUUAAGAAAGAGGACAUCACAGGAUGUGAGAAAAGCCCCCUGAAAGGGUUCACCACAACCGACAAUACCUCUCCUUUGUGUUACACAUCGUCCAGUACAGAUGGAAGCUUCACCUUUCCAGCUCUACCCGUUGGGAAAUUUUACAUUAUUCCAUUCUACAAAGGAGAGCACAUCAGAUUUGACGUUUUACCAGGGCGACUAGAUAUAGAGGUUCAACAUGGACCGGUCACUCUCAAGGAGAUAUUCCAGGUGGAGGGGUUCUCUGUCAGUGGUCGUGUCCUCACCAAAGCCGGGGGAGCAGGUGUGUCUGGUGCGACAGUGCUGGUGGGCGGGAAAACUGUGUCCCGGACAGAAGCAGACGGGUUGUACCACCUGGAAAACAUGAAGACAGGGACAUACCGCAUUCAGAUCCAAACCGACAAUAUCUAUUUUGACGAGGUCACCGUUAAAAUCACACCUAACACCCCAAACCUGCCGGACAUCUUGGCAUCAGACUUUAAGAUGUGCGGUAAGAUCGUGAUAAGCCAGCUCCCGGAAACUCUGAGGCAGGUCACCAGUCAGAGACGAAUCAUCAUCAUCCCGCAGAGCAAAAACAUGGACGCUUCCUCUGCCAAGGCCGAUGCUGACGGGAACUUCUGUGCCAAGGUCAAACCUGGCAUCCAUGUUGUACAGGUCCACAUGACUGAAGAAGAAAAGGCAGCAGGUCUGUCCAUUGUCCCGAGUGAAAAGACGGUCACUGUUACGGACAAACCAGUUAUGGACGUCACUUUCUCACAGUUCCAGGCCAAGGUCACAGGCACAGUGAUAUGUCUGGAAAAGUGUGGCCCUGUAGAAAUUUCCUUAGAAAGUGACAGACGAGGAGAAGUGAAGCAAAUAACACAGGUGAAAGAGGCUGCCAGAGGGGGAACCUUCCAGUUUGAUAAUGUCUUACCUGGAAAAUAUAAAGUGACGCUGCUGCAGGACAGCUGGUGCUGGAAGGAGAAGACACUGGAUGUUGAAGUGGCUAGUGCUGACCUCUCGGGGAUAGAGUUCACACAGACCGGCUACAUACUCAAAUGUAGCAUCUCCCACGAAAUCAAACUGGAUUUUGCUCAUGAAAAGAAGGAGGGAACUGUUGGAUCAUUCCAGCUAAACAAGGGAACUAACCGAUUCUGUCUGGCACAGCCGGGCGUGUACCGCCUAACUCCCGACUCCUGUCAUAAGUUUGACAAAGAUGUGUUCACAUACGAUACGUCUAACCCAGAGUUACUCACCUUGGCAGCAGUGCGUCACUUGAUGGAGGGCACUGUCACCACAGAGGAGCUUGCUUCAGAUAUCCAAAUCACUGUUGUCUCAUUGGUCGAACAAGAUAUAGUCAACAUUGGACCACUGACCACUGCCAGAAAACCACCCAGUACGGAGAAGGGGGCCAAACCUGUGACCGGGCCAUUUGUCUACAAGUUCACACACUGGGCAAGGUCAGGAGAGAGGUUAGAAGUCAGUGCAAAAUCUAAGGAGCUGCUGUUCAGUCCUAGUAAAGCAGAGAUCCUGGUCCACGGAGAUACCUGUGUUGGGGAGGUAGUCAAGUUUACGGGAAAGCGAGGCGUGUUUAUCAACGGUCAGAUAAAACCAGCACUGGCUGGGGUCAGUGUGACAGUCGUCGCUAAGGAUGAUUCUAUGGACCCAAUUGUCAUGGAAACCGUUGAAUCAGGAACAUUCAGUGUUGGGCCCCUUCACAGCAGUAAGGAGUAUAGCGUGUCCGCCGAGAAGACGGGUUACGUACUGGUCAAGGAGGAUGGACAGACUGCCUCCUUCAAGGCCUACAAACUUGGCCAGGUAUCUGUACAGGUGAUGAACGAGAAAGACCAGCCCCUGUCAAACGUCCUCCUGUCACUGAGCGGGGAAAGACAGUACCGCAGCAAUAACGUCACCGGCGACAAUGGCACCAUCAACUUUAUUGGAUUGAGUCCUGGCGAGUACUACCUGCGGCCAAUGAUGAAAGAGUACAAGUUUGACCCUGCUUCUCAAACUAUCGAAGUCAUGGAAGGAACAACCAAGAAAAUCACCAUCAAGGGACUCCGCGUGGCAUAUAGUUGCUAUGGCUCUGUGACAUCAUUAAAUGGAGAACCAGAGCAAGGCGUCAUUGUGGAGGCAGUGGGCACGGAUAAGUGUGGGAGUUUCCAGGAGGAGAGUAAAACCGAGCCUGACGGUUCAUACAGGAUACGGGGACUACAGCCGAAAUGUACCUACACUAUUCACCUGAAGAGUGAUGUUAACCGACACAUCGAGAGAGCGGCACCCAAGUCACAACAGAUCACGGUGGUGGACAGUGACUUCACCGACGUGUCCGUCAUUGCCUUCCGUCGAGUGAACCAGAUGGACAUCAGUGGGAACGUCAUCACACAGGAAGAGCACCUUCCCAGUCUUAAGGUUCGGCUGUACCGAGACGAGACUCCCGAUUCUCCCAUUCAUACCGUCAGUCUGGGUACUGUUACAUUCUUCUUCCUUCCUUCCCUGCCGAUCGACAACGAGCAAUACACCAUUAAACUGGAGAGCUCCCUGUCCAAGGCUUCUUUUGAAUUUACUUUGCCAACCGUCAACUUCGUGGCCAACACUUCCUAUCAACACCACAGUAUCAAAUUCAGCCCCCUCAGAAAAUCUUUUGACCAAGAGUUCAUUCAAGGGACUUCACUCUUCCUUCCCUUUUCAUUACUCCUGGCUGCUGCAGUUUAUAACUAUCAAAAAAUUUUGCCCUAUUUGAUGCGCCUGCGGUCCCAGGCACAGUCUAUGCUGGCCGCCAGUCAGACCGACACUUCGAUGUCCGGGACAGGGGAUGCAGGACUUGGCUCUGAUCUCCAGAUGAAGAAGAAGAUGAAAGCAAGGAAGACAUCAUGAUAAUGUUGGGUUUAGAUCUGGAAAAAAAGUUCUAAUAUCGUUUAGAUUUUUAUUGGGGUUUUUUGUCUGCAAUAAAGUUGAUUUGUUUGGACAGUGGAUACAAACCCUUCCCCACAGUUAAUCAUGGUGAAGACCAUUGCUGAAGAAAUCCUAUAUUAAACUGUUUAAUAUAUAUAAAGAAAACUACAAAAAAAACAAGUCAGCUUAUAAAACAAAAUCUGUAGAUUUUUCUACCAAACUCAUGAAGAAAUAAAUUUACAUAAUGUUUCCUGUCAUACUUACAUCAAUCAAUGACACACACACAUUGUCAUAAUUUUCUAGAAAAUUUGUCCUACACACAAACUGAUCUCAAGGUCUAAAGUCUGUUUUUAAUAUUUCUUCUCUGUUUUCCAAUCGAUUUCGUAGAUUUGUCUUCAGACUGUAUGUUGUUUAAUGGUAUAUCUGUACCAAGGAGUGGAAUGUAUCUAUUACUAUUUAUUUUACAACUUGCAUUUUUUCAAGUCAUUAUUUUAAGUAAGGCUGUUAAAAUGUAUGCAGUUUUUGACGGAGCAUAGAGAGCAAAGUAUUAGAUGUUAUAUUUCUACAGCAAAUUGAAAUUCCAUUUUAUGUGUUACUUUACUGUGAACCCUUUCACCCCGUGUAACUUUAGUAGACUCUGCCAUGCAUUGAUAUGGAUGAGUCCAUUAUAGUCUACAGCGGUGAAAGGGUUAAUAUGGAGAUUUGUUGGCUUUGUGGAUUUCUCAUCCCUUCACCUUCCUUUUGUGCCGCCUGAUAACCCUCCAGGACCCCUUCAGGCCCCCUCCAGGCCCCAUCCCUGCCCCCUGUUUAUCCUCCUGGUACCCCCUGGUCUCAACCAGGCCCCUGAUCAGUUCACAUUUCUGGUAAUACCUGGUCCCCUCUUUGCCCCCCUGUUCAUCCUCCUGGUACCCUCUGGUCCCAUUUAGGCCCCUGAUCAGAUCACACUCCUGGUUCUAUCUGGUCCCCUCCAUAUGCCCUGUGACCAUCCUCCUGGUACUCUCUGGUCCCAUUUAGGCCCCUGAUCAGAUCACAAAUUAGUUUUAUCUGGUCCCCUCCAUAUGCCCUGUGACCAUCCUCCUGGUACCCUCUGGUCCUCUCUGUGCCCAUUAAUCACUUGUCUUUUAGUCUCUGGUCCUCUCCGUGCCCAUUAAUCGCUUGUCUUUUAGUCUCUGGUCCUCUCUGUGCCCAGUAAUCAUGCAUCUUUUACCCUCGGGUCCUUUCACAGCCCCCUGAUUACCCCUCUGGUAUUAAGGGUCAGACCUUAUGGCCAGCUGUAUGAAGUUUGUAAGAUUUGAGAUAAAGUAUGUAUGCAUAUGAAUGUUUUGCUUAAUUUGUAUGCAAGUACCUCUCUGAAUGAUACUGAAAUUUGAUUCGAAAUUUGUGAUUGCUUGCAAUACCUUGUCAUGAUUUAAUGUGUUUUACCUAAGUUUCAUACCUAGAUUUGUGUCCAAAACGGAAUGCUUGAGAAUUGACUUACCCUAGAAAUUGAAUAAAAUAUAUUGUGGAAGGAAGGUGAAGUAAGUGCUGGAUAAUGUUGUUUGAUAGUAGGGUAGCUGUGAUGUUCAAUUUCAACAAUUUCGUCUCAAUAACACACUGUCUACAAGGCUAUUAAUACCCCAGCAAGCGUUAUCCAGACCAAGGGAUUGUCUAGUCUGAUGCUAAAGAAACCUAACUUUUGUCAUUAUAGCUUUACACUAUAAAAACACUUGUAUAUGCGUCAGCCUUCUUCAGAACCGCUGUCUUUGUUUUAUAUUAGAGAACAACAACACUUCCUUUGCACCAGAAAAUAUGCUGAAAAUGAAAAUAAAAUCUUCAUACUGAUAUUCAAAAACUCAUGAAUAAUUGAACAAAAUAGUAAACACUUUCACAAAAACUUUUUGUAUUUUUUUUUGAAACAAGGUUAUACUUUGUUUAGGAGUACACUUUUUGUGUGUAUGUUAUUAGGUAGUACACUAUAUAGUAUAUUAUAGAUGUUGUAGGUAUUAAAUUGUUGCACAUUCCUUUUAUAAUCAGUUUUUAUUCCAGAUUCAAGUUCCUCCUGUGUGAAGGGAUUGAACUGAGGUCACCUCAACCCGUUUUAUAUAUUGCCAGUUAUCGGAACUUACUGCUGGAAUAAAAAAAACAUGAACUGUUAACUGAAAAAAGGGAAUUUAAUUAAGCGUAACUUAUCAUUAUUUCGGGAUUUGAGAUAUAGUUUAUAUUCGACAUAUGAAUUAGACUUUGUCGUAUGCAUUUUUAACUCAUUUACCCCCUGAAGAUGCAUUUGAACUCUUCCAAUUCAAAGGAUGGAAUAGUUAAUUAUGAAAUUUCAGGGGUGGAUGAGUUAAUGAUUCAGCAAGUGAAAUAUAAACAUGCAGAUCGUAUAACAGGGUUUAGGGUAGAGCCAACGCCGUGGGUUCUUCAAUGGCGGAAUAAUCUGGUCCUCUGCCCCUCGUCUGCAUACUGAAGGCAAUUAAGUAAAAUGGGUUUCAUAGACAUUCAGUCACUACAGGCGAAGGAGCAUGUGUUUUAUUAGAAAUAGUUGUGGUUAAAUCUAUGAUCGCUUAAUAUAACGAUAUGCAAACUUUUCUUAAAACAGAUUCUAAAAGCACAAUUCCAUGUUUCAAGUUAAUUACCUGGUACAUGUAUUCAUAAAACUGAAUUUUGAUUACACACCAUUCAUUUGUUUGGAUCUUUUGUCUAUUGCAAGAUUGUGUAUAAGAUUGUUUACAGAACCUUUAAAUUUAGUACUAUUUAAUUCAGAUGUAUGUACGUUUGUCUAUUUAUCCAGUUUAUUGUGAAUUUGUUAAGGGAUAUUGUGAGUUUAACAUGUCAACACAUUCACCCCUGAUGACACAUUUGAACUCUUCCAAUUCAAAGGUUGGAAUAGUUCAUUACGAAAUUUCAGGGGUGAAUGAGUUAAAGUGUAUGAUUUGUAAGCAGGGAUACGUUCAGACUCGAAAAUAUUCUGGUGGGCACAUUUCGUGAAGUGCAUUUCUGACCUUUUAAUUCGAAGAGGGUGCAUUGCACUGUACUUUUCUACAACAAAUUGCUACAAAACGUUUUUGUUCCUGAACACACUCUAUGUUGAAUCUGUAGAAGUAUGGGGUGUAAAGUACUAGAGUUUCUGGGUGAAAUUUAGAGGAUAGAUAUUUUGUACCUGUAUGAAGAGAAUUUGUACCCGUAUGAAGAGAUUUUGUACCUGUCUGAAGAGAUUUGUGUAUUUGUAAUAAAAAGAAUUGUCCUUUUA